CUGCGCAGACGCCGGAGUUUCCUCUCCCACGUGUGUCUCGGCCCCAGGUUUCCUGGACAGUUGUCCUGAAUGCAGGAGGAGCUCAGCCCCCUGAGACCCCACAGACCUGGGUACAAGCCAGAGCAAGGAGGAGGAAGGAGGGAAGAAUGGGCCCUGGGCUCCUGCCCCGCAGAACCCCCCCAGGACUCAGUGCAGUUCAAGGAUGUGGCUGUGGACUUCACCUGGGAGGAGUGGGGCUACCUGGACACUUCCCAGAAGGAGCUUUACUGGGAGGUGAUGCUGGAGAACUACAGGAACCUGGUCAGCCUGGGCCUUGUAGAUUCCAGCAUGGAUGUGAUCUCUCAGCUGGAGCCAGGGGAAGCACAUUGGAGUCUAAGUGACAGUGUCCUCAACACCUGCAGGCCAGAUUGGGAUGCCAGGCCUCAGACCAAGGAGUCUUCUCCAGAGAUGGGCAUUUCUGUGGAAGACUUAUCCCAGCAAAAGACCUUGUGGGAUGACCCAUGCAUCUCCAGGAUGGGACAAAUCUGGGAUUAUUAUGACAGAAUAAAGAGAGAUCAGAGCAAUGAGGAGAAACUUUCUAGGCAAGGAAAAGUAAUCCAGACAGAAACUGGUGGUGAAGUCAGAGCUUCUGAUUACAGUAAAUAUGACCAAACUUCUAACCCAAAGCCAGUCCUUUUGCCACAGCAGGGAGUGUCUUUAGUAAUGAAUCUCCACAAAGGUGCUGAUCAGAGAAGGAGCUUCACCAUGGAGUCAGACCAAAGAUAUUGUAAUCAGAUCUAUUCACAGAAGAAAUAUUCUGAGGUUAACAAAUGUCAGAAAGCCUUCUCUUAUGAUUUUGACCUCAUUGACAAACAAGAAAUUCAUGGUGAAGAGGGACUUUAUGAAAGUGGGAAUUCUUUCAUAGUGUAUAAUGAACUUAAUCUACCCCAGGGAACUGAUCCAGGAGAAACGUGUUAUGAAUUGACUCAAUGUGGGAAGACAUUCUCUCAAAAAGCAGAUCUUAAUCAACAUUCUGGUAGUCAGAGGAAAACCAAAUCUUAUGAAUGCAGUGAGUGUGGAAAGGCUUUCCACCUUAAAACAGGUCUUACCCAGCAUUUCAGAAUUCAUAGUGGAGAAAAACCUUUCAAAUGCAGUGACUGUGGAAAGUCCUUCUGCCAGAAGAUAGACCUUAUACGACAUUUCAGGAUUCACACUGGAGAAAAACCUUUUAAAUGCAGUGAUUGUGGGAAAGCCUUUCCACGGAGCACAACCCUCACUCUACAUCAGAGAACUCACACUGGAGAGAGACCAUAUGAAUGUAAAGAAUGUGGGAAGACAUUCAAUCAAGGCUCUAAACUUUCUAGGCACCAGAGAAUUCAUAGAGGAAUAAAACCUCAUGAAUGCACAGUAUGUAAGAAGGCAUUCUCUGUAAAGUCCCAUCUCAUACGACACUACAAUAUUCAUACUGGAGAGAAGCCCUUUAAAUGCAGUGAUUGUGGGAAAGCCUUUACUAGGAACACAACCUUGACUCUACAUCAGAGAACUCACACUGGAAAGAAAUACUGUGAAUAGAAAGAAUGUGGGAAGGCAUUCAGACAGAAUUGUCAACUUUCUCUGCACAAGAAAAUUCAUAUAGGAAUAAAACCAUAUGAAUGCACAGUAUGUAGAAAGGCAUUCUCUGUAAAGUCACAUCUUAUAUGACACUCCAAUAUUCAUAUGGGUGAGAAGCCUUUUAAAUUCAGUGAUUGUGGAAAAGGCUUUUCCCACAACACAGCCUUGACUCUACAUCAAGGAACUCACAGUGGAGAGUGUAAGGGGCUAAAAUCCUAGCUAGUCUGUCUAAAAUAGCUAAUGAGUGGUCAACAAUAAAUUAUAAGCUUUAGCAAGAGUAUUUAAGUAUUUAUUAAAGAGCAUUAGGAUCUAAUGAUCAGAGAGAAAGGUAAAAACCUAUUUCUAAGAGACCCCAGCAUCCGACCUGCUAUGGUGUGAUGACACCUGGAAAUGUUAUGGAAAGGUUUCCAUACCACAUCUCGUGGUGCAUAGAUUGUGCUAGGCCUCAGGUGGAUGGAUUCUGACCAUGCCACCAGAUUGAGUGAAAAAGCCAAGUUAAGCUAAAUCAGGUACAUGUGUUAAGGCUAACAUAACACCAGACUGUUUUUGGAGUGAGAGAGGAAGAAACUGGACUAUGUCCAGCAAUUGUGCUCCACAUAGUUGCUCUCAUAAGCAAACUAUGGACUUCCUGAAUGUAUUUGGCUGUUCUCUCAGCCUCCAUCAGGGUAUCUUACAUGUACCUGUCUCUCCUCCUGUUGUACAUAUAUUCUUUCCAGGGCCUGCAAUGUGGAAUUGAACCAUCUCCAUCAAGCUCAUUGUAAGAGCAAUUAGUCUCUGAAAUGGUAAGUUUCCAUAAAUCAUAAAUCUCUUAUUAAUUUCACCAAAGAUAAUAUGAUGGUAAAAAUGUGUGCUACACUGCAUAAUUUAGGAUAUACUUGAAAUAUGUAUAUAUAAUUCCAAACAAUACCCAGAGUAUACAUAGUCAGAAUGACAUACAAGUGAUAAAUGGAUGUAAAUGGCUGAUAUUAUUAAACAUUAUUAUAGAAUCUUCAUUAAGCAAGUAAACUACAUCAUCUUGUCCAUGAAUUCUCUAUCUGGUACAAUGACAAUAACAGA